AUGUUUGAGACGGAGGAGAUUGAUGGAGUUGGCUGGAGUCAGACGAGACUCAGAGCGGGUUAUCCGUGUGGACCAGCGCUCAACAACAACCGCUCCUCAUUCACAGCCUGCUCUGCUCAGCACGACACGGCCCGGCGGAAACAUGACUCUUUACCGUCUGAUUACUGCGUCCGCCUCGACCCAUCGUCCUCUCAUCAGGGUCUGCAAACUCAACUGUCCGGGAUCAGGAGCGUGGGGACGGGAGACAAGGCGACCCGCGAGUCCAUCUGA